AAUAUACCUACCAAAAUCUGAUUCGUGUCCCGAAUCAGUUUCCAAAAUUAUGGUGAACUUAGUGCGUCAUGUUACUAUAGCAACCAACAUUGCCGCCAUGACAAUAUUUUAUCAUUUCUAGACGAAACUGCAGCAUUCUUUAAUUGGCUGAAUUUAUUUUAUUCUUAUAUUUUAGCCAAUAAUGAAAAAGCUCUGCAAGAUAAAGAGUGACAUUGUUGAAGUUGAUGACUAAAAGUUUCGCACAAGAAUCAAUUUUGCUAUCAAAACAGUCAAAACAUUUUUAUAUUAAUUUAAUUUUAAAUUUAUUUAGCAAAUACACAACAAAUAAAAUGGCGUGCAACGAGAACAUAGUGAAAAACAUGGCGAACGAAAUAUCCAGGAAUUGCCAAAGUGAAAACGUUACGGUGGAUACAGAUUUUGUUGUUUAUUUGAUCGAGUUGCUUUUACUGAACCCGAAGUACGGUAAACUGUUUUCGAGGACUAUUAGCAGGAAUAACUUGGAAUUUUUCGUGAAGGAAUGUGUUACCAUGCUUACGGGCAGCGAAACAUCAAUAAAUACUCUGAAACUGCAAUACACGAUGCAAACCAACUACGACAAAUUACAAACCCUGAUCGACAAACACCAGGACUCCAUAGAGCAAUGUCUGCGUCCAUUGCUUACGGAGAUACUUGAUGACGAUCCUGAGCUCGACGACGAGCAAGCCUACAAGAAACUCUUCAGAAAGAUAUCCAUUUACAUCAUACUAUCCAGUGGCUUGGGUAACCCCGGAUCCAUUGUGACCCUAAAAGAAGGGAUGGCAGCAUUAGAAAGCGUAUUUUCGUUAGAUGACCUCAAAGUAUUCGUUUCUCUGCCGAGAUCAGAGAAAAUUCCUCAACUGAUUGAACUGAUGCAGAUCACCUCUGGAGUCAGACUAUUUAACAGAGACUGCAAGAAAGGCGGAGAGGGCAUACCUGAUUUGCCAUUCAACAUAAUCGACGCCGGCAAAGCAUGCAUGGCAUCUCUCUCACACUCGCUGAUAGCCGCCAUGCAAAGAGUGAAUUCGUUGACCUCAGCCGUCGCCGACACGAUCACCAUUCACGAGGAAACCGGGAACGUCAAUAUUGACAUACCACCUAAUUCAGAUUUGACGGAAAAAGAUUACUACCAAAUAUUCGAACUGUUAGCCUUUAACCGCCAAUACGAAGUAUUCAUACGCAAGCUUUUAUCUGACGUGGAAACAAUGGAACAAAAUGGCGCCCAAGACGUGGAGAGGGUUAAGAAUGUUCUAGAAGAAUUGCACACCGCUGUCAAGUAUAAGGCUGCUGUGCCUGUUGCUACUGUUUUUCCGCUCUUCACAAAACUCUGGCGAGUAUGGCGAUCGAUGCAAAAUGUAAUGUUCCUCCUGUCAACUGUGAACCGUCUUAUGACCAUACUGGCUAACAUUCAAGACCAAAUGAAGAUACCUUAUGCGCUUUUAGAAAAGAUGCUUCAAGGAAAGAGCGUGGUCAGCGACCAGGAAAGAAUGAGUGAACCAGUCAGCAUGAAAGAAAGAGUGUCCCUUGGAUCAUUGAACUAUAUAUGCCGUGACAGUUUUGGAGAAAUAACUGAUAGACAAGUGAAGUUCCUGGGGUUUUGUGCCUUAUGCCUCAGUGUCGGUGCGUUGGUGCCCAGUAAUUUGAAAGUGGGACUGAUUAAAUUUAGAGGAGGUAGAUAUGGAUUUUGCAGUGUUAAAAUGGCGUCGCGAUUCAGUAAAGAUCCUCAGAGAUACGUGAACGAAGUCCUGAAUUUUGCGAGAAACAACCCACAUGUCAUCAACUUGUUGAACAUUUUAGAAGACGUCAGCAACGUGAAAAAUAUCGACAACCUUGUUGUUAAGGUGAUUCCCAAAACUAAAAUAUGCGACAAGGACAUUCAAACUGAAGUUCACCCCAUAGAGGGACAUAUAGAAAAGGACUACUCACCUAAUCUAUGGGAAUGGAAAAGACGAGCUUGCCAAUGGGCCACUAUAGUGAACUGCCAAACACACUCAACUCAAACCAACUACAGCCAUUUGCGAUCGGAGAUACACACACAAACCGUCCAUCCAAGAGACAAAUCCUUCCAAACUAAGAAGGAUUCUGGCGUGAACACCUAUCCACAUGACGAGUUCCUAUGGGGUCUGAGAGGACAGAUCGGUUAUGGACAGCAUUCUAUGAAGUUACUGGGCAUGUUUGCGGAGAAAAAGAAAGAGCAUGAUUUCACCGAAUGCAGCUGGCCGUUCGCAUCUCCAGAGGAUUUGAACGCGGAAGACGUUGAAACUGCCGAUGCUUAGACGUAAAAAUAAUAGAGCAUACUGCAUAAUAAUUCAUUAUAAUCUAAAUAUA